GGGCAGAGCGGCCUGCGCGGUGCUCAGCUCUGCGACCGCUGUAUUGAAACUUAUAUAUGAGACAGCAAUAGCCGGGCUCGGCUGUCCCCGCCGGGAUGCACCUCACGCACCCGCUGGAGCUGUUCCCCGAGCGCAGCGUCACGCUGCUGCUCUUCAACCGGGUGCAGAACGCCGCUGCCCUGCGGAAGAAGGCAAUGGAGGGAUCCAUCGAGGGAGCGCUGAUUAACCCUGCCAUGAUCGUAGAUCCCUUUCAAGUUCUUGUGGCAGCCAACAAAGCGGUUCAUCUACACAAGAUAGGUAAAAUGAAGACCAGAACUCUCAAUGCAGAAAUUAUCUUCAACCUUUCACCAAACAACAAUAUUUCAGAUGCAUUUAAGAAGUUUGGCAUUUCAGACAGUGACACAGCCGUUCUCAUUGUUCUGGUUGUAGACAGAGAAAAAACGGUAAAUCUGGAAGAUAUAGCAUCUCAAGUAGAAGGCCAGCAGGUUUCUCUAGAUGAGCUUCCUCAGCUAACAGACAUUGCCAAGGUUAAAAAGAUAUACAAGAUUACUCCUCAGGAAGAGAAAAUUGGCACCCUAUUAGAUGGUAUUAUUUGCAGGAUCUCAACAAAAGAUGUUUAAUGUAAAUGUGGAAAUAAAUACUUUUUUGAAGUAAAAAGAGGCUCUGUGCAAUAUAAAGAAAUAUUAAUGAAGAGAUCACUGCGUGAUAAUUGAUACACGCAUUCCAAGCUGGGGUUCUCAGCUUCUAAUUCUUCUGAAUCUAUUUAAUUGGUAUAGAACUAGUAACUAGUUUGUUACUAUUGUCAUGUGUUCCAAGUUAAAUUAAGAAAGUAAUAUGUUAUGAGAGCUGUUUUUCUGGGUCAACUUGCUGGUACAUCGAAGCCAGUCUGAGAACUGCCUCUUGUUAAGGACUGUGAUUCCCCCUCAGAGCAGGAUUAUACCUGCGGUAUAUACAAAGUCAACAAGUGUAUCAUAAAUGAUGAUGUGCAGCCAGCUGCUGUAGCUUUUUGUGCGUGUUUUGGUUCUGUUUGUUGCCAGUGCAACUUUUUCAAUAUUAUGCAUGUGUAUGAUGAGUUGUUGUUCUGAAAGUCAGUGGCUAAAACCCAAUAUUCCACAUAACUGUCUUUUCUGCUUGAAUGCUUUGCAAUAUAUUAAUUUCUUAGGGGAAAAUAAACAAGGUAUGUAUAAAGCUGCA